AUGGACGCUCGCCGCAGGGAAGAAUCGGUCGUGCUAGGUCUUCGGAGAAAGACCAGCCUCGGCUCCCACCCCAGCGUUGCCGCGCCCCGGCUCCCACCCCGUUACUUGCCCCGCGAGCACGCCAGGCCACAGAAACCCAACUCAAGAACAGGGUACGCUCCGCGCGCCCCAGCCCACUUAGUCCGGCCCACUCCAUCUCCACAGCAACGCGCCGACCCGCCCCACGGCGGCCGCCGAGGGACAAUUCCGCCGCGCUGGCUUCUUCCAGGACGCCGUGCUCGCAUCCCGCCCCUUCGCGCGUUUCCCGGGCAACGCGCGGCGCUCAGAGAAAGCAUUCAGCCCAGGGACUCAUUCCGCGUCCGCGUGCAGUCACCGAGCAUGUCUCUCGUUGCCCCCAAACACCUCCUGACUCCCAUCCCGGAGUUACACUCGAGCGCGGAAAACUCGCAGGGACAGUCGUCCAGGCCCUCGGUCACAUGGAACCUGGGCUCGCCUAUGGCUUAUUCGACUGCCGCCCAGGCGGCCACCAGUUCCGGAGGCACCCGGGCCUCGGCCGUCUUCCGGCGCGAUUCGCAGGGCAGCGGCCAAGAAGUCUGCGUGAGGGCCCAGCCGCAGAUCUGUUUCCUGCGGCCACGGACCGCACAGCCGCCGGUGCUGUUCAGCUUAAUGAAUUCCAGUGAAGCAGCGGCAACAAAAUUUUUACCCAAGAGCCACUUGUCUCGGGUGAUUAUUCGUGACAACCUCAGUGCACAACGAAUCUUUGAGAUGGAGACAAAAGCUUCAGACAAGACCAAGAAAAAGAUGGGUCACUUGUAUGACCACCUGAAGAAAAAGUUCAUGACAGAUCAGCUCAGAAAGCUGGGGCGCUGGAGACGGGAGUCCUUGAACCUCCGGCAGUACCUGGAUAGCAUCCGACUCUACAAAGUCCAGUUCAAACUUGGGCGUCAAAAAAGCCAUAUACCCUAGUCAAGCCAGUGUGAUCUGCCCCAGGGCAAUAGCAACACUAGAAGAACUAGAAACUGACCAGUCGACACCAUGGUAGCAGCAACAAUAAACUGAGAGCAGUGGACAACGGAGCACAGAAAAACCUGCAGCAGUUCUAAUAUUCCUUGCCCCACU